AUGCUGGUCGGCGGGAGCGCGCGGGUCACGAGUUCCAGCCCAGUGCGUGGUUUCCUCCAGAUUGCCCUGAACAAGGUGGCCGUGCUGCUGCUGGCUGGCGGGCAGGGUACCCGCCUGGGCGUCACCUACCCCAAGGGCAUGUACCAGGUGGGGCUGCCCAGCGGGAAAACACUGUACCAGCUGCAGGCCGAGCGGAUCCGGCGCGUGGAGCAGCUGGCUGGCGAGCGCCACGGAACCCGCUGCACCGUGCCUUGGUACAUCAUGACCAGCGAGUUUACGCUGGGACCCACGGCAAAAUUCUUCAAGGAGCAUGACUUCUUUCACCUGGACCCUGCCAACGUGGUCCUGUUCGAACAACGCAUGCUUCCCGCUGUGACCUUCGAGGGCAAGGCCAUCUUGGAGCGGAAAGACAAGGUUGCCAUGGCCCCAGAUGGUAACGGGGGUCUGUACCGUGCUCUGGCGGAUCACCAGGUCCUAGAAGACAUGGAGCGUCGGGGAGUAGAGUUCGUGCAUGUGUACUGUGUGGACAACAUCUUGGUGAAGCUGGCCGAUCCAGUCUUCAUCGGCUUCUGCGUGCUGCGGGGCGCCGACUGUGGCGCCAAGGUGGUGGAAAAAGCCUAUGCCGAGGAGCCUGUGGGCCUGGUGUGCCAGGUGGAUGGUGUCCCCCAGGUGGUGGAGUACAGCGAAAUCAGCCCUGAGACUGCAGGGCUUCGUCGGGCCGACGGAGGCCUGCUCUACAGUAUGGGCAACAUCUGCAACCAUUUCUUCACCCGAGGCUUCCUGCAGAGGGUUACCAGGGAAUUUGAGCCUUUGCUGAAACCACAUGUGGCUGUGAAGAAGGUCCCAUACGUGGACGAGGAGGGAAAUCUGGUAAAGCCGCUAAAACCGAAUGGGAUAAAGAUGGAGAAGUUUGUGUUUGAUGUGUUCCAGUUUGCUAAGAACUUUGUCGCCUUUGACGUAUCUCGAGAGGAAGAGUUUUCCCCGCUGAAAAACGCUGACACAGCUGCCAGGGACAACCGCUGCACUGCCAGGCGGGCCCUGCUGACGCAGCACUACCAGUGGGCGCUGCUGGCUGGGGCCCAGUUCCUGGAUGCAUACGGGGCCCAGCUUCCUGAGCAGCCUGUCUUGCCCCAAAAUGAAGACCCUCCUGCCAUUUGUGAGAUAUCACCCUUAGUAUCUUAUUCUGGAGAGGAUUUGGAAGCCUAUCUGAGAGGCCGCAAGCUCUGGUCCCCGUUCAUCCUGGAUGAGGACCAGGCCAGGGUGCUGAGGUCCCAGGAGGCCUGACCUGCUCCCAGACCGGCCAGCUGGUGGGCCUCAGGGUGGGACAAAGCUCUGGCCCUGCUCCAGAUGUGCAUCUCCAACCUGCAAAACAAGGGAACUGGCCGGCUUACCCCCACAAGGGUGGGAGCUCUUCCACCACUCAGACUCGAGUGAUAGCCAGUCUGCUGUGGGCCCUUCGGCUGCAUUUCUGACUGAGACAACUGAAAGGCAGAGGGUUUGGGGAGUGGGAGUGGGCGAGAGGAGGCUACGUGGUCUGAGAGGAGCUGCAGAAGGGAAGCCAGCCCUGGUGUUUCACGGGCCCCAUGCUCCCUGAGGAGGAUAAGAAGGUGCACAGUCCCAGCAGCCCGGGAAAGGCACUGGUUCUGGAUCUCAGAUCCACUGGGAAGAGGGUGAUGGUCUCACCUGCAUGCCCAGCUGAGGCCACAGGAGGUGCCCAAUUCUCUGGGCUGCCCUGUAGGAGCCCGCCCUGCCUCUCCAGGUUUCUCCCAAGGACCCAGCCUCUCAACUACUGGCAGGCAGUUUGCUGAAUUCAAGGGCUUUCCCCAAGGACCUGAGAGACCAGUAUGGGGACCACCUGGCUGAUUUGGUUUUCAACCCCUCGGGGUCCUUCCCUCAUCCAUCUGCCUGCAGCUUUUGACAAAUCUUGGCACUCUAGGUCUUCCCAAGCUCCCUGUGCUGGAUGUGCAGCAUCAGUAUUUGGUGCCCUGCACCUGGACCAUGCUCUGUCUUCUCUUCUGGUGCAGCCGCUCUGAGGGGCGGCACCUCUUCACCUGUGUUCCCUGAGAAGACACUGGCACUCCCCUUCCCACUGAAGUAAGAAUAGCUACAGAUACUAAGUCAUGGCCACCUGACCCCAAGCCACAGCCCUUCCCCAUUUGGGACUGUUUGUGCCCAUCCAGAAAGGGUGUUGGCCAGAAGGGUGGGUCCAUCCAGUGGCCAGGAGGCCCUGAGCCCAGACUAGGGGCAGUGGCAGGCCCAUGCUAGCCACAACCUGACCAUCACCUAGGCUCUGCCAGGAGCAUGGGCCUCGGAGGAAACCGUGUUCCACAGCACCCUUCUCAGUGGAUUCCAGGCACGCAAAGGGGUUGCACCAACUAGGUCGGCCUGGCCUGGGUCCACCCCCUACCUGUUCUUCAGGGCCUAAGAGCAAGCUCUUUACAUGGGAGUGCGGUGAGGGGAUGCUUAGAUUAGACCUUUCCACAACGGCCAGCUGAUCCCAAGUGACCGUCACAGUCGCCCAUUUAUCUUUCAUGAUAACGUGACAUCAAACCCAGGACAGACGAGACGGCUCCAGUGCUCCCAGGCGGCGCUCGCGGUUCACACUCCCAACACCGCCUCGGCGAUGCACAGCGAACCCCACCUGCAGAGCUCUCCUUCAGGCCACCCCUUCACACUAACACCGCCAUCCCUGACCCCACAGCGUCCAGAGAAACAGACUUAGAGAUCGCCCAUCUGAUCUUCACUCCCACAGAUGGACCCUCGGAAUAAACUCGGGAGCCCUGGCUGACCCUCUCUGGCGGGUGCAGUUGCUCAGGAUCCCAUGGGUGGCGGGGACUGGGCACCCUGGCAGGCCCGGGAAACCCCUCGUGCUCGUGGUCACGGGGACGCGAGGCCACCUUCACGCGCACCUCGGGUGCCGCGGUCUCCCUGGGACUCGAGCAGCGGCGUCCGCGGGCCUCA